AUAUAAAGGAAAGGGUGGACGAGAAAUUAACAACGAAACCAGCGUCCGAAGGAACACUACAAAAAGAACCUGACACGGUAUUAAAGUCUGAAGCUGGAGCUGCCAUGUCAGCAACCACCAUCACUCCUUUAGGAUCAGCAAAAUCUAAAGCAUAUGUCAGCAUAUUUGAUUUUGGUGGAGAGAUUAUGUUUAGCAACUUUCAGCAUAUUUUUCUGAACACCAACAACGUUAUUCUGUUGUGUUUCAGCUUACACAACGUAUUUGAGGAGGAGAAAAUACUUGAUCGGAUAUACUUUUGGUUGAACUUCCUCUCAACAUUUGCUGACGAAGACAUAGAGUAUUGUCCUCCUGUUAUACUGGUUGGAACACACUUGGACAAGGUUCCAGAGAAUAAGCAAAGAGACAUCAAAGACAGAGUCAAAGCUCAUCUACUAAAGGAAACAAAACAUGCUACAGCGUUUAAUAGACAUGUCCUUGCUUUUGAGGUCGUGGCUAAUGGUGAAGAUGAGAUCAACGACGCCAUUCGAAAAAUUCCUGAAACUCCAUUCGACAAUCGCAAGCCAAUUAAAAACAAUCAUCAGCAUUGCGUCAUAUGGAAGCAAAUAUUUGCAGCAGCAGAGUACCAGUCACAAUGGAAUCAUCUUCUUCCUGCUAAAUGGUUACUUCUGGAACGUGAACUGAUGAUCCUGAAAGGUCAAGGCAAAAAGGUGAUGACCUUGGAGGAGAUCAAGGACAAAGCUAAACAGCUAUCGGUCCCACUUGAAGAUGACGAUGUCAUUGCCAUGCUACGUUACCUUCAUGGAACAAGAAGCAUUCUUUGUUUCCAACUGGACCAUCCAGAUGACAAGGUCGUUUUGGACAUCAAAUUCGUCGUCGAAGCAUUUCGACUUAUUGUAACCGACAUCAAAUUCCACGAAGAAAAACCAAAUGUCGACCCCUCACUUCUACAGGAAUAUGGGAAGCCAAGACUGACUAUGGAUUUCAUCCGUGCCAUUUGGAAACCUGGAAGCGAGUUUCAUCUCUUUAUGGACACACUCCUGUUUUACCUGGAGCGUUUGGAACUCAUCGUUAAGCCCCUACCGAAGGAAGGGGAGACAAAUGUUGACUACUUCCUCGUGCCCUACCUAUUGGACGAAGCCGAUCCAAGUCAUAUCAGAAGAAUGUUGCUGGAUGUGGGGGCGGUAAAAAGUGCAACGCUUUGCUUCGACUUCCUGGAGCGGUUUAUCCCUCCGGCUGUUUACAACAAGAUUCUGGCGUCGUGUAUUCAUAAAUUUGCACUCUUUGCAAAGGACGACGGUGAACAAGAGAUGUAUUUACAACAAGGACUGGCAUGCUUCGUCCUCAGUCCGCGUUGGAAGAUGAUUCUUCACUGUAAGGAUUCAAGAAUGAAAAUCACUCUUUUCUCCAACACAACCACAGAAAUAAAGGCAGGAGACGGGUACAGUGUCCGAUGCAUCAUGGAGGCCAUCAUUAAGGAAACGCUUGAAAGGAACAAACAAGGGCAUAUGAAGUUUCAGUACUUCAUCAGCGCAGACUUCGAGGUCACAAGGAACGAGGAAACGGUAUUGGUAAAACUUCCUGCCCGAAUAUCUUCACCUGUUGAUGCAGAAGUCGUAGUGUGGUGUCCUGAACAAAACCAGACUCAACAUCCAGUAUAUUUUUCCGGAGACAUCUUAGACACAUGCCUCACUACCAAACAGAUGAGCCAUGUUGCCAAGUUUAUUGGUCUCAACUAUGCAUUGCUGUUCGUCGAGCUGGGAAUGCUCCCAAGUGAGAUUGACCAAAUAUAUUGGUCGUUCAGAGAGUGUCUGAGAACCUUGGUAACGUAUCUUCUUGUGAAGUGGAGCAACAAAUUAGGUAAAAAGGCAGACAAAAGGCUCCUCUUAAAGGCUAUGAAAUCACAAGGCUUCAAUACAGACGACAUCAUGGAGCAUCUACAUGAAAUGGGAACAGCUGGCACGCAUCGGUCAACAAGCGCAGAGGAUGACAGAUGCCCAACGGAAUCAGAGAGACUUAUCAUUGCAAAGAAGAUAAAUCUAUCAUAUGUGAUAUUUUUCCUGGAGCUUGACUUGGACAUCGAGACAAUAGAUCGGGCUAGGAUGGACCACGAGAGGUGUAUUGACAGAUUCCUGGAACUGAUGAGACAAUGGGUGCAAGAUGCUGAGAAAGUUGCAACUUUGGCAAAGGUUUACGAGGCAUGUAAGGAGUGCUCGAUGAAUUCGAUAAAACUGCGAAUGGAAAUACAGAGACGGAGAAAAUGAAAAUGCGUCAGGAUCGUAGAAAAUCCACGUUACAGUGUAGAAAGGACGGAUUCGGGAUUUAUCAUCAACAAUCACAAUGGGCGUUCUGCUAUUCUAAGAAUACAUUUAACAAUGUAGAUCACCAUUUAUUUUGGUCUGUUACAGUAUGUGCCAUAUUACAACUCCGUGACAAUAUUUACAACAUAUUUUGGUCUCUAAAACUGUGGAUUCUAUGGUGCAUAUCUUAUGAAUUUUAGCCUACUAUAUCGAGUAGGAUUGAACAUGCACGAAUUGAACGUCGAGUUGACCAACACUGCAGGGGCUGAAUUCUCCUAAUGGAAUUGUGAAGGAUUACCAUGUGGGCUUUCACCAGAACAUCCAGUUGUAUACUCGUUUAAGACCUUAUGCGCGCUUUCAUCAUGGUCAUCAAUAUGGGCGGGUUAAUAAAGGCUGGAGAAACUUUAUUGAUAAUAGUUGUAUAAUAAAUAAGAUCAAUAUUUUUAAUGAACCGACCGAUUAUACAUUUUUGUAUAUUUCAUUAUUAAGAUUGUGAGGUAUAUCAUCAAGAGAAAUAUGAUGUUUUUAGUAUAACGUUGUUCCUGUUAUUAUCAAUUACCCUUUAUUGAAGCAUCUUGUUAAUAACUUUAGACUAUAUUUUUUAUAUUCAACAAACCGCUUAAGUCUAGUAUCAAAUUGUUAUUGAGUAAAUAUCGCAUGCAGGCAUGUGACUUCUCUUUACAUAUAAUUUGGACGUUUUAUUAUCGUUCCAAAAGGUCCAGGGGUAUAAUCUGAAUCAAGUUUGAUGUUUGAGGUGAAAUGCAUUUUAUAUUACUUUGUCCAGCUUUUUCUGAAAGUAUUGGUUGUGACCUGUCAGCCUGUACUAACGUUAAAUGGACAGAGGUACAGUAUAACUUUCAUUUGUUGGCCCAAUAGCCUAACCAUCUAUGAAGGGUUUACUUUGAAACGCAUGAUUUCAAACGGAGACGGCAAUUGACCAAAACAAUGUCGCUCGAAUUUGUAUGAUUAUGAAACAGUAUUUUGUUUAAUGCUAUAGGGGAUUACUACAUCAUUGUAAAAGAAAAAUAACUGUUCCCUUCCGGCUUUAUGCUCAAAACUCACAUUUUCCUUAGUUUUAUCUCACCCUUCCUCCUCCAAACAUUUCGUGUUUACGUGUCAAUAGUGGGACAAUCGACCUCUUCGAAGUGUCGCAAAAUGGUGACUCGUUAUAAAGCAUCUCCCAGAUUAUUUCAAUAUAUUGCACAAUAUAUUGGUGCGUCAACCUGUCGUUAAAGAUAAAUGAUGACAGUAUACUUAUAUAGUUUCUAUCCUUUUAUGAGCGGGUGACUUGAGACUUAAAGCACCCGUUGGUGCAGUGUUGUCGAAGAUGCUCAUUAAUUUAUGGAGAAAGGUGUAGACCUUUAUACCGAGAAAUACAAAUACUGUGUAACACGAAAUGGUCGUGGGUACUUCGUGUUGAGAGGCCAUUUAUAUCGUAUCGUGGUUCAAACAUUCGUGGAUAUCCUAUUCCGUCUUUGCGUAUUGCAGAGUU